AUGCAGUAGAAGAAGGAGAUCAUAAGAGUUUUACAUUAUUAGUAAAUUGUGUUUAGAGAGUAAAUGGAAAAUCAACUAUUUAUGGGAUAACUCCUGUCCAUAAGGCUAUCGAAUAAAUAAUCUAAUAAAACUAUGUUAAAUAAAGUUUUAGAAAUAGAUGCCUAUGUAAAUUUUAUAGAUAAAAAUGGAUGCUUUAUAUGGAGAAUUAUGGACAAUAAGUACUUUAAUAGAGAGAUGAGCAUAUCACUAAAUCUCAUUAAAUAAAGGACACUAUCCUAUCAAUAUAGCAGCUCUAAAUAAUUGAGCCAUGACUGUUCAAUUAUUAAUAGAAAAAGGAGCGAGUGGAUAAUUAAUAAGUUAUAUUGACUU